GGAUCUAGCAUAUGAAGAUGGAAAGCGUAAACGUAUGACGCCGCCUUCGGCCUACGAGCGGAUGCAGCAUUUGCAACAGCUGCAGAUGCAGCAGCAGCUGCCAUCUGCUACACCACAUGCUGCAAAUGCUGCAGAUGCAGCAGCUGAUGCAUCGAAUGCAUCUGCUGCAACCCAUGCUGCGCGUGCAGCAGCUGCCACAAGUACUGCAGCUGCAUUAGCUACUGAGUCUGCUGCAGCAAAUGUGGCAGAUGACCCAGCUGCUGCAGAUGUGGCAGCUGCUUCAGCAGAUGCAGCAUCUGGUGCAAAUGCAAUGCCUCCUGCAGCAGAUGCAACGCCUGCGGCAGCAUCUGUUGCAGCGGGUGCAGAGGUGCGGCACCUGCAGUAUGUGCAGCAUCUGCACCCUCUGCUGCAGCAGAUGCUGCAGAUGACCCAGCUGUUACAGGUGGCCAUCCUAGAGACUGUUCCCUCGCUGACUAAAGAGCAGUGUGGGGAACAGUUGCAGUCUAUACUCACCGCCCUUGUUCAAGUCAGGAAUCUUGAAGAUCAUACCACUCAGAUCGUUGAAGCCUUCACAAAGUUGCGAACACUUCAGGAUGAUCUGACUGAUAUGACCCAUUCCGCUGUUGCUGUGACAAGCAACGAGGCAGGAAAUUCUGCAACUGCUGCAGCCCCAAGAUUGGAACCAGCAGGUGCUGGUCCCAGCCGCGUCGGCCCCUACGUGGACCGAAAGGCGGUUCCAGUACCGUCUAGGUACGACAGCAAAGAAGACAUCGAAUCUUGGAUCAGCUCCAUGAGGGCAUACUUCGAGGUGCUGGGGACUCAACCUGAGACCCAGUCCGUGAUAAUGGGAAUGAAUGUUGAGGCGGUCGUGCGGGGCUUCUUAGAAGUCCAAGCCACGCGAGCUGGGGUUCCUAAAAUUGAACUAACCAGAUGGCUUAAGACCACACGAGUUGCCUUCCUCAAGGAACUCCUCAUUUCGCAAUACUUGGAUCCACAUGCUGCAGCAAGGGCAAGAAUUCAGCUUGACAAAAUCAAGUGCAGCAAGUGGACGGGCUCCAUGAAAAGUCUGCAGACCUAUCUUAGCAAGAUGUUUGCUACACCUGGAUUGAAACUGAUUGCGCAAUCUUGCUUGGAUGUGGUCAAAGGCGCGGUUCCCACCAACUUUACUAAUCGCCUGGGCAGGGACUUCAUUGGUUACACUGACUGGUUCACCUUGAUGAAGGACAUAGUCAGUCUUGAGGCUGUAGACCUCGUCACCACAGCAGGCAACAAAAAACCCAUGGGCGGCAGAUGGUUCAAAGACAACAACCGUUUUGCUGUGCAUGACCUACUGGAGGCCGAAGAAGAAGCCGAUGCAGAUGACCCCACUCUUGGUGACGACCAAGAACAUGACUCUGAUAAAGCUUGUGGGUGCAAGGUCUUCUCCAAGAUCGAUCUCAAGUCUGGCUACCACCAGAUUGAAGUCGAUCCUGCAGACCAGCACAAGACUGCGUUCAAAACACGUGAUGGGCUUUAUGAAUUUACCGUAAUGCCCUUCGGUCUCACGAACGCACCGACCACCUUCCAAAGCCUCAUGGACAAAGUCCUCCGCGAACAGAUUGGUCGGUUCGUGGUGGUCUACCUCGAUGACAUUCUAAUCUUCAGCAAGUCCAUGGAGGAACACCUCAAGCACCUUGAGGAAGUACUGACCAUCCUCAAGAAGACGCAACUUCAUCUCAACUUAGAGAAAUCUGAGUUUGCGAAGGAUAGUAUCAUCUAUCUUGGGCACUGGUUGUCUGCUGCAGGCUUAGAGCCUAAAGCAACCAAGGUGGAGGUCAUACGCAACUGGCCUCAGCCCGUGAACAUUCGCGAACUGCGUUCUGUUCUUGGUCUCACGUCAUACUAUCGGAAGUUUGUGCCCCGCUUCUCCAUUGUUGCGCAUCCAUUGUCUCGACUAACAAGUAAGAAUGUUCCCUACUCUUGGGACACUGCGUGCACAAACUCCUUUCAAGCCUUGAAGGACGCCUUGGUAAGUUAUCCGGUACUCCGCAUUGCAGAUCCCAAACUGACGUUCGUAGUUACUACGGGUGCAAGUCGGUAUGGAAUUGGCGCAGUGCUGCAACAAGAUGACGGCGAUGGCUUGCGGCCACUCGAGUACUACAGCAAACGCAUGCCCAGCGUAAAGGUAGCUACUUCCACCUACAUGCACGAGCUCUAAGCUUUACGUAUGGCGUUGGACCACUGAAAACACUAUCUUUUGGGACACCACUUCAAAGUCUUCUCAGAUCAUGAGACUCUGAAGUGGAUCAAAC